AUGAGGGCUGGGUCUGCCGUACUCUUGGUUCUGGCUGCUAUGGCCAGAAUCAGAACGACGUUUGCUGUUGCCGGUGAGACUACCCUCCUACCCUCCUAUUCCACGAAGGCAGUGACUGACCUCGAGCUCGAUUUGGCAGACGGCGAUGACGGUAGCGAUGAUGACAGCCUGGGAUACGAUACGGAAGAGGACUCGAUAGACGAUGUGGGGAUGGAAAUGAGCCCAACAUCAGGCCAGGCGAGGCCAACAGACAACUUAUGGGUUGAAUGGGAAUACGACGGCCAUCUCACUGGCGUGGCCACCAUAGAGGUUUUAUAUUCCUGGCCGGACGAGGACGAGGAGGACUAUGGAACAUCUACCACAUCGGUUGACUGGUCCGAAAGCAGUAUAUCACUUCCUCCACGCUUUCUGCCGCACGUCCACCCAGGGUCAACUUCUUCCAUCUGGCUAUGGGCCUAUACGCUUACAGGCAGCGACACUAAUUAUUGGUCGGAGUAUUUCACGUUACACCAUGACAUUGCGCUGUAUGCGUCUGAGACUUCCACACCGCCGUUGACUGUUACCCAUACCUUGACGCCUACUCAGACGGACCUUCCGGCCCCGACGUCUCCAACACCAGACCCUGAGAGUGACUCGGAGAGAGACUCAGAAAGUAGAGGCCUCUCAACCGGAGGAAAAGCAGGUAUCGGUAUUGGAGUCAGCGCUGGCGCUAUCCUCAUUGCCGCUGGGGCAUUCCUUCUCGUCCGCCGUCGGAAACGUCAAGAACCGAAGACAAUACGCGAGAUUCCUGCUACCAGUGCUACAAACCUUCCUGGGCCAGCACCCUGA